AUGAAAGCUUCAUCCCUACGUAGGGAAAUCAUUGGAAUCAAGAAACUUUGUGCUCGAUGCCCAAAGCAUGGAAUUACCGAAUAUCAGCUUCUCCAAUAUUUCAUUGAAGGAAUGACUCCUAUGGAAAUAAGGCUUCUUAAUGCCUCUAGUGGCAGAUCUUUACCCGACAAGACUCCUACUGAAAUCCGCAAUCUAAUCAAGAACAUGGCUGAAGAUUCCAAACAUUCAAGCCAUGAUGAAGAAUGGUACACGGAUGCACCCCGAGGUGUAAAGGAGGUCCAAACUCCUCAAAUUGAAGCUCAAUUGUCCGAGCUUACGAAAGUGGUUAUGAUGCUAGCCAAAGACAAAGGUGUGCAGCCCAUACCCCGCCCAUACGGUAUUUGUACUCAAGUGGGGCAUCCAACCGGCAUGUGCCCUCAACUUCAAGAGGAAGAUUAUGAAGAAGCAAAAGCCAUGGGAGGUUUUCUUGGGUCUAAUCAAAGGGGAUAUGAGCAGCCACGGGGUGAUAUAAGAUGGAGUAACAAUCAAGGUUGGGGAAGAAAUCAACAAGGAAAUUAUCAACCAAGUCAACCACAUCAAUACCAACAAAGACCACCUUUUCCAUCACAAAACUUUCAACCAAGGCAACCACAACACCCUCCUCAACAAUCAGGUUCAUCAAAGACAAAAGCAAGCAUAAAGAACAUAGAGAAACAAGUUUCACAGCUUGCUACUUCCGUAAGCAAAUUAGAAUCUCAAGGAAAGUUACCUGCACAAACUGAAACAAACCCAAGGCACAACGUGUGUGUCAUCACAUUGAGAGGCGGAAAGAGUUAUGAUGGUCUAAAAGUGUCAGUUGAUCAAAAGGAAGAAGAAAUAGUGGUAGAAGAGGCAACCAAAGAAGAGAAGAAGGAAGAGAAAACAAUCGAAAAGAAGCCCUUCAUCACCGAGUCUAAAGCCACACCUGCUCCAUUGCCCGAAAGAUUAAAGAGCACGAAGAAAGAACGGGAGGAGAAUGAGAUCAUGCAAAUGUUCAAGAGAGUUCAAAUCAACAUUCCACUCCUCGAGGCCAUCAAGUAG